AUGAGGCUCCUUAUCAUCGUCUGCUACUUAGCAGGCCUGAUAACAGCGCAAGCAACAGCCGCAAUCCCAGAUCUAUUUACAUGUAUAAAUAAAGUCUUUGCUUCGACGGGGGAUGCGUCGAAAAGACUUAUUACGCCGGCAAAUGAGUUGUAUACGGAUGCCAGGACGGGGGAGAAGAUAAAUGACGAGAACUACCCAAUAGCAAUAGCCUAUGCCUUUACCACCGCCGAAGUCCCCGCCCUUCUCAACUGUGCUACCAGAUCUCGCGUCAAACCCACCAUCCGCGCCGGCGGCCACCACUUCGAAGCAUACUCGUCCCUCAAUGGCACCCUCGUAAUCGACAUUGCGCACUUGAACUCCGUAUCCGUCUCCUCAGACCGCAAAACCGCAGUUGUAGGCGCCGGAACCCGUCUCGGAGGUCUCUACGUCGCCUUGGACGCAUACAACACCACCUGGACGGGCGGGAUAUGUCCGACUGUGGGCGUGGCCGGGUAUAUCGCUGCUGGGGGUUUUAAUAUGCAGAUGCGAUCCAUGGGAAUGGCGGUGGAGCGGGUACGCAGUAUUAAAGCGGUGUUGGCGAGUGGUGAGGUCGUUACUGCGAGUAAGGACAGUCAUUCGGAUUUGUUUUGGGCGAUGUUGGGGGGUGGUGGCGGGACUUAUGCCGUUGCGCUGGAGUUUACAUUGGUGUUGACACCGUUGCCGAAUUCGGCGAUGUUGUAUUUGAAUUGGAAGAAUUACAAAGAUGAUACGGCGUAUCAGAUUGCGAAGAAGUUCUUGGAGUGGGCUCCAAAAGCCGAUCCAGCUUUCACAUCGUCGAUUUUCAUUUAUAAAGAUCAAGUCGAGGUGACUGGAUGGUAUCUCGGGAAAACCCAAGCACAACUGCAGACCCUGAUUGAUUCCUCCGGAUUCCAAAGCAUCUCCCCAAAAAACUUGAACCAGUCAAUCGUUUCAGGAAACUGCAACACCGACGCCUCCCGCGUCUUCGGAGUCCAAGGCGGAAUCUUCGAAUGUCAGCCCACCUCCCCAUUCAUCACAUUCGCCUUGAACGCAGCUCCCGAUCCAUUUACACCAAUCCCAGGCUUCCCACAAUACCAAUACAACGAAACGACCUCCGCGCCAACUGUCUGGACGGCACCAGCGUGGAAUCGUCUGAAGCGCAAAAGCAAGUCCUUCAUCAUCCAAAAAGACAACCUCAUGAAAGCAGCGGCGAUCAAAGAGGUGGUGAAGCGCAUCCAGUCGAUUGACACCGAUAGUGGUAUCACCGCUGAAUGGCACGCCUGGAAUAUCUCCGGGACUGCUUCGCAGGAUACGGCGUUUGCGUGGAGGCAGAAGGCGUAUGCGCAUAUGGAGUUCACGGUCAGAGGGAGUGAUGAUGCUGCUAUUGAGGCCACCAGGACGAAGUGGAUGAAUGAUUUGGAGGGGUAUUUGAGACCGCAACUUGGAGCCGCUUCAUACACUGGAUAUGCAGACUCGAAGAUCUCUUCAAACCCGUUCAAAUCGUACUUUGGUGACAAUGUCUGCCGACUGGUUCGUGUCAAGAGGGCUUAUGACCCGACGAAUGUGUUUACGAACCCUUUGGCCAUUCCGCCAUCGGUUCCUAAAGGAGUGUCUUGUUGA